GAGUCUGUCCAAGGCCCAAGUCCAGAUCCCACAAAUUUUUCUCUAUUAAUUUAAGUUUAACCGACAUGUCUAUCUUCCAAUUUUUGUAAAAGAAAAAUCCGUUUCCUUGAAGAAUUUGUUUAGGGUUCUAAUUGGGAAGUAAUUGGUCUGUGUUCUGGGGAGCAUCAUUCAUGGGAGAGGAAUUAUUGGGUUCAUGCCACUCUACGAUAGCAAUUGAUUCCUCAAAUAUAGGCUUUCAGCUCCUGAAGAAGCAUGGGUGGAAAGAAGGUACAGGUCUUGGAGUUUCUGAGCAGGGGAGGUUGGAGCCGGUACAAGCGUAUCUGAAGAAUAAUAAACGAGGCGUAGGAGCAGAUAAAGCAAAGAAGAAGACUCCCAAGCCUCUUGAAUCUUCUACCUCCAAGAAUAAUGGGAAGUUUCAGGAACAGCCACUUCCAAAAAAGUUGAAAGCAGUUUCUAAGAAACAAAGGAAGAUGCAGGAGUUGGAAAAGCAUCUACUAGAAAAGGAAUUUGAGAGAGCCUUUUUCCGGGAGUUUUGGCCAGAUAAUGUUUGAUAUGGGGAAUACAUCAUCUGUUCUACCUUCUGUUUUGUUACCACUUGAAGUUGAAUUAGAUAGUCGACUAUGUACAGUUGAGAAAUUCUUUACGCCAACUCAAGGUGCUUGUCAUUUGUAAUUCAGAUUUUAAAAUUGUAUUCAGAAUAUUGAAAAGACUGAAAAAAUGUGUAUGCCUUGAACUCAAUUUUCUCUCCAUGGCUGGUGGCUUUUGUUCUUUCUAUUUUUCAGUGUUUCAUAAACAAGGAAUGAUAAUCAACUGUAACUUCCGA